UACUCUGUUUUGGUUGCAUAGAAAGUUCGGGAAAAGGAGGCAACUUGACGCGAGAAAACUGAACAUUUCUCUAAAAACAUACAUGUAUCAUCGGAUCGCCAGUCCAAUAACACGAGAAAUUUUCAGAAUUUUCUUUAAUUACGUGCCUCUUAGCAAUUUCCAAGCUACCACUCUACAAUCCAGGCACUUGAGAUCACCUUUAAUAAUUUCGAAAAUCAACUCCAGUCGUCAUCUGGCAACUGCCAUGGUAAUUCAAGAAAAUGGUGCUUCAGUGGGCAGCCAUAGCUCUAAAAUGGAAAUCCCGCAUGUUUUGAGUGUAGCUGGCUCGGAUUCAGGAGCUGGUGCUGGGAUUCAAGCUGAUCUUAAGGCUUGUGCAGCUCGUGGAGUGUAUUGCUCUACUGUCAUAACUGCUGUUACUGCACAGAACACGGUUGGGGUUCAGGAUGUGUUUAUUGUGCCAGAGGAUAUGGUCGCCAAGCAGUUAAAGUCUGUUCUCUCUGAUAUGCAUGUCAAUGUGGUAAAAACUGGAAUGCUGCCUUCUGCUGGGAUAGUCAAUGUUCUUUCCCAGAGGCUUAGGGAAUUUCCAGUACGAGCUUUAGUAGUUGAUCCAGUCAUGGUAUCGACAAGUGGAGAUGUGCUUGCUGGUCCUUCCAUUCUUUCUGACUUCCGAGAGAAGCUUCUUCCAAUAGCAGACCUUGUAACCCCAAAUUUAAAAGAGGCAUCUGCUUUAUUGGGUGGUAUGCAUUUACAAACUAUUGCAGACAUGUGUGCUGCGGCAAAAUUAUUACAUAAAAUGGGCCCCAGAAAUGUACUUGUCAAGGGUGGGGACCUCCCGGAUUUAUUGGAUGCUGUUGAUAUAUUUUUUGAUGGUGAAAACAUAUAUGAAUUCAAGUCAGCCCGCGUAAUAACUCGUAAUACCCAUGGAACCGGUUGCACUUUGGCAUCAUGUAUAGCUGCUGAGCUGGCAAAAGGUUCUCCAAUGCUUUCGGCUGUUAAGGUUGCAAAGUGCUAUAUUGAAAGUGCCUUGGAUUACAGCAAAGACAUUUUCAUCGGAGAUGGGCCUCAAGGUCCAUUUGACCACUUUGUUAGGCUUAAAACUAGUUCUCACAAUUAUCAUGGGCCUGGGGCUUUCAGUCCAAGCAACUUAUUUAUGUAUGCUGUUACGGAUUCGCGGAUGAAUGAAAAAUGGGGGCGUUCUAUUACAGAUGCCGUGAAAGCUGCCAUAGAGGGAGGUGCCACCAUUGUUCAACUGAGGGAGAAGGAUGCUGAGACAGGGGACUUCCUUAGAGCAGCUAAAGCAUGUCUUGAAAUUUGUCGUUCUCAUAAAGUCCCUCUACUGAUAAAUGACCGUGUUGAUGUUGCCCUCGCUUGUGAUGCUGAUGGUGUUCAUGUUGGUCAGUCUGACAUGCCUGCUUGUGAAGUCCGCAGACUUCUUGGUCCCGAAAAAAUCAUUGGUGCAUCUUGCAAAACUCCAAAGCAAGCUCAACAAGCAUGGAUUGAUGGUGCUGACUACAUAGGUAGUGGUGGUGUGUUUCCGACUAAUACGAAGGCAAAUAAUCUUACCAUUGGUUUAGAUGGACUGAGGGCUGUUUGUUUGGCUUCUAAACUACCUGUAGUAGCAAUUGGUGGUAUUGGUAUUUCAAAUGCCCGUUCUGUAAUGGAUACUGGCGUUCCCAAUCUGAGUGGUGUUGCAGUAGUGUCAGCUCUGUUUGAUCAGGAAUGUGUUUUGUCCGCAACCAGGAAGUUGCAUAGUGCUCUAACAGGGGUAGCGCCAAAGCCAACAUGAAGAGGUAUGGAUUUUGCUUACCAGGGUUUCGCUGAUGUGAAGCGUGUAUAUGCCAUGUUAUGGUUUUCUUAUUCCCCCAAUCAAAAUUGGUAGGACAGUAAUUUUUCUUCCAUGCCAAUUUGCGCUUUACUUUUCAGAAUAUGAUUAUGUAAAAACCCAAAGUUUUGUCUGGUUUAUCAGCCAUCUUGUACCCUAUUCGCAGUUUAUGUUUCCUAGGAAGCACUCGACGUUUUUGAAUAAAGAGUUUCCGCAUAGGUUUAUAGAAA